AUGCCUGCUGCAUCCGAUCUUGGGCGGGACGUCGUUGUUGUACCUCCAGCCGGCAUCAUGGACGACGAUGAUGAAAGCACCUGGUCACCAUGGCCGGAUCUCCAGCCGGAGCUGGCAGGCAUGGUGUUCUGCCGGCUGCUGUCCCACGGCGACCGCCUCCGCUUCCGAGCCGUGUGCCGCCGGUGGCGCCUCGCCGCGUGGCAGCAGCACCCUCUGCCGCCGGCGCUCCCCUGGCUUAACUUGGACGGCCGCAUCACCUACCAGAGUCUCCCCGACGGCGAGGUGCACCGCAUCCCCGUCCCCGACGAGCUCCAAGCUGGAGGCACGGUCGUCUGCCGCGGCUCGUUCGAUGGCUGGCUCCUCUACGACCGCAGCGAGCAGCUGGAGUGCUUCCUGAUGAACCCAAUCUCCAAGGCCAGGAUUGAUCUGCCCUACCACUGGCACUGCGACGACGACGACGACGCCAUCCUCCCCGACUACGGGGAGGAGAAAGAGGGACAACGAACCAUGUGCUUCGGCGAGAACGCCGUGCGGAAGAUCGCCGUGUGCUCGCCUGAUCUCGUCGCCGCCGUCAUCGCCGGCUCUGGCGUUUUCUUCUACCGGCCGGGAAUGCACUCAACCUGGCUGUUUGCCUCCGGCGGCCCCUGCUUCGCGCGCGACAUAGCCUACUACAAUGGCAAGCUCUACUCCAUUAGCAGUGACGGGGAGCUUUUCGUUCACGAGUUCAGCGAUAGCAUCAGUGCAGAUAUCGUGAUCGGCAUAGCUCCUCAAGCCUAG